AUGGCUUCCGUCCCGAGUGUGCAAUGCUUCGGCAAGAAGAAGACGGCCACCGCUGUCGCCCACUGCAAGCAAGGCAAGGGCCUCAUCAAGGUUAACGGCCAGCCCCUCUCCCUGGUCCAGCCCGAGAUCCUCCGCUUCAAGGUCUACGAGCCCCUCCUGAUCGUUGGCACUGACAAGUUCGCUGGUGUCGACAUCCGCGUUCGCGUCUCCGGUGGUGGUCACACUUCCCAGAUCUACGCCAUCCGUCAGGCCAUCGCCAAGUCCAUCGUCGCCUACUACCAGAAGUACGUCGAUGAGCACUCCAAGAUCCAGCUCAAGCAGGCUUUCGCUCAGUACGACCGCACCCUGCUCGUCGCCGAUAACCGCCGUGCGGAGCCCAAGAAGUUCGGUGGUCGCGGUGCCCGCGCGCGUUACCAGAAGUCCUACCGUUAA